AUGGCCAACUCAGAAGAACAAGAAAUCAGUCGGAGUCAGAUCCCACGAGCGCCUGCGGCGCAAAGACAUGGCUCUACCGGAACGUUCGACUUUGGCUGGACGCCAGUAAUGGCCCGUGGCCGACCGAGCAACGGCUGCCCCCCAGUUUCGUACACCGGCCGCGGCUUUAACUCUUCGUCCUCCUCUGCCAACAAUAGCAACAACAACAGCAGUGAUAACGCGGGAUAUCUAGAGCCGAGGCCGGCGGAUGCCAUAUCACACCCUAGUCUGAGAGUUGCCAAGUCCCGUACAUUCAGCAGCAUCCCAACCCUCGCGCCAUCCUUUUCCGAGGGGCCAUUCUAUGGCCAAAGGAAAAGCUUCAGUGUGAGCAGGAAACCUCUACACGCCUCGGCCGGCCCCACUUACAACAACGUUGAGAGCUUCCCAUGGACUUCUCAGCAUCCUCGCAACCAACAGAGCCCGGACAGGCAGGAUGGUCUAACACUUCCUGACCCUUCGACAACGUCUCCCCCUGACGCACCAAUCGAUCCCAAAGCAGUGUCAAAGGCAAUGCCGGUACAAUAUUGGGCUGGCCGGUUCAUGUCUCUUUACGACCAUCUCUACAACGAACUGCUGGAACCCGAUAACCUAGCUCGACUCUGUGAGACCCCGGCAGGCAGCUUGGCCCCUGAUACUGGAAACAAAGCCUCCGCGGCAGCACAAAACAACCCUUCAAUAUCCGCGUACGGGGUUCCCCGCGCCAUGCGGGCUGAUUACCGUAACUCCGGCCAUACUAGUGGUGUACCUCCACCUAGCCGUAUCCCCCAAUCUGCUACUAGCAACGCCAUUUUGCAAAGCUCGGCCUACAAUAGCAGGAUGCCAGGCCUGGCGUCCCAUUCCCAGAUCGCCCACCCCACCUUUCAGAGUUUGACAAGCCGCCAUCCCCUCCCGACCAUGGACGAGAACACCAUCCCAGAGCAUGCCCCUGCUGGGCUCACCUCGGUCACAGACGAGGCCGUCACCACCAUACCCUCCCAGGAUAAGACAACCCAUACGAAUAAAGUUUCUUUGGGACAGGGUGGUGGUCUUCAUGACAGUGAUGACGUCCGGGUUCGACGCAUAUUUGCGCAGCUCAAGAAGACAUGUGUGACCGACGAAGCCUUACUUUCAUUUCACAAAUGGCAGAUAUUGUAUGCGCGAAAGACGGGCCGAACAUUCGAUUUCUUUACCGUUGUGGAUACGAGCCCCAAGGGCGCUGCUGCAGGUGGUGCCGGCUCGGGGGCUCCUACACUAGGCGGUCAGGGCCAGCCAUCCAACAACAUGACAACGACGGCUGAGGAUACCGGGAAACGCGGAGCUGUCCACGGGCGUGGGCAUGAGUUUGGGAAACGGGGAAGGGAGAUGGUUAAACGAAUCAAGAGAAGUUUGAUGGGCGGCAGCAGCACUGAUGGCAGCACCGGUAACAUCGACGUAGCUAGAGAGAGAAGGGUGAGCAAGGCAGAUGGUGGAAUGAUUAAGGAACACGGUGAAUCCGAGAAGGGUUACGCAGCCGAUCUGGACAGUCCAACCGCUGAUGACAAGGAGAAGGGAAGGAGGAACACGAAACGGUUCAACUUCUUCUGA